CGCGCUCGGUGCCCGCUCAUGCUCACCCGAGCCAGCGCCCGCACGCACGCUCGGCCGCCCGCGCCCGCUCCCUUGCCUGCCCGUGUCGACUCGCCUGCCUGCGCCACUCGCGCCCGCGCCCGCGCGCUGGCGCCUGCUCGCCCCCGCUCGCGCAAAACGCGGAGGCUCCUGCCGUACCUUCUUAGGAUUCCCAAACCGCGCUCAAAAGCACCCUCCAGUAUUUAUCAUAGGCAAAGCAGAAAAGAGGGCGAGCGACGUAAAGCAGAAAAAAGAGCAAGAGAGAGCCGCCGACCACCACGCCUCACGCGAGGAAGAAGCCACGCCGGGCCGUACAGCCGAGAACGUGCGGUGGAGGAAAAGUCGCGGCCCACACGACCGACGGCACAACGCCACCUCCCAGACGGGACGGCGGACGGGACAGGCAACAGGGCGAGAGAAGGCGGAGAGUACGGGAGAAGGCAGACGGGACGUCGGACGGGACAGGCAACAGGGCGAGAGAAGACGGAGACCUAUCGGACGGGACAGGCAACAGGGCGAUUGAAGGCGGAGAGGCACCGCCACGAAGGCGGAGAGCAACGCCGCAUCGUACGGGGGGAUGCGACGGUGUUCCCGAGGGAGGACAGCGCUGGCGUCGCGGCUACGAAAUGA